AUGAAGGCACUUACACCCUGGAUGUUAUGUUUUUGUCUCAUAAUAACGAUUGCAAACUCUACGAAUUUAAGAGUUGUAGGCGAUGAAUGUGUGUACUCGAAGAUUGACCUAAUUCUCAACGCAAAGUUUAAUAAAACAACACAGAUUUGUUGUCGGUCAGGUGUCCAUGCGAGAUAUCGAGAGGAAAUGGAAAUUGGUUGUUGUGGUGAAGGAAUUUACAAACUUCAAAUAGAAUUGUGUUACAACGAUCAAGUGUACGUAAAGGAAAUGCAAACAAACUGUGAUUGCAAGUGUGGAAAAUCAAAUUUUGAGAAUAUCAACGUAUAUUAUUGA